AUGGAAGGAAUCAAUAAAACUGCAAGGAUCCAGUUCUUCUUUCGUCCAUUCUCAACGGACCCUAAGAUACAGAUCCUGAUUUUUGUGGCCUUCCUGGCAAUGUACCUAAUGAGCCUCAGUGGAAAUGCCACCAUUGCAGUCAUUGUGCAGAUAAAUAACUCCCUCCACACCCCCAUGUACUUCUUUCUGGCGAACCUGGCUGUUCUAGAAAUCUUCUACACAUCUUCCAUUGCCCCGUUGGCCUUGGCCAACCUUAUUACAAUGGGACAUACUCCGGUUUCCCUUACUGGUUGUGGCACCCAGAUGUUCUUCUUUGUCUUCUUGGGUGGAGCCGACUGUGUCUUGCUGGCAGUCAUGGCCUAUGAUCGGUUUGUCGCAAUCUGCUACCCUCUGAGGUACACCAUCCUCAUGAGUUGGUCUUUGUGUGUGGAGCUGAUGGUAGGGUCCCUGGUUUUGGGGUUUCUGCUAUCACUGACACUAACUGCUUUGAUCUUCCAUCUCCCGUUCUGCAAUAACAAUGAGAUCUAUCACUUCUACUGUGACAUGCCUGCAGUUAUGCGUCUGGUUUGUUCAGACACACAUAUCCACGAGACGGCCUUAUAUAUCAUCAGCUUCAUUGUCCUCAGCAUCCCGCUCUCACUCAUCUCCAUCUCCUAUGUCUUCAUCGUGGCUGCUAUCUUGCGAAUCCGCUCAGCAGAAGGGCGCCACCGAGCCUUCUCCACCUGCUCCUCACACCUCUUAGUGGUUCUCCUGCAGUAUGGCUGUACCAGCUUCAUAUACUUGUCCCCCAGUUCCAGCUACUCCCCGGAGAGAGGACGGGUGGUCUCCGUGGUCUACACUUUCAUCACCCCUAUUUUAAACCCUUUGAUCUAUAGUAUGAGGAACAAGGAACUGAAAGAUGCCCUAAGGAAGACACUGAGAAAGUUCUAG